GUAGUGCACAUGUACGAAAUGAUUUGUAACGCAUUCGGAGUUUGUGUAUAAAAUAUGACAAAACGUAUCCAUGGAGGCAAGCGCUCGUUACCGUGACGAUAAUGCUGGUCGACCGACGCUCAGUCUAGGCGUGUUUGGCGUUCGUCACAUUGUCGCCAGGCUCGAGACCAAACACGGACGUACCUCGCCACCGGUACAGAGAAAAGUGCACAAAUACGAACCGGACGAGUACCAUGACUUGUGCUUCGAAUACUCGAAAAGACAAGUGCUGAGUAGAUUCCUCGUCAAUUUGGCAGCAGCGGCCAACGAAUGCAUCCCUAGCGUUACAAUCGCCAACGUCGGCGUGUUGUCGGUCGUCGCUGGUCUCGUUGCACCCAGGAUGUUGUCUUAUCUCGUGAUCUAUCCGCUUUGCAGAUUGGUUUUUGGAACACUCUACCCUGCAUACGCAUCAUAUAAAGCAGUACGCACGAAGAAUUUGAAGGAAUACGUAAAAUGGAUGAUGUACUGGAUUGUGUUCGCGCUGUUCACGUGUACAGAGACGUUCACGGACAUGUUCCUGUCGUGGUUCCCGUUCUACUACGAGGUCAAGAUCGUGCUGGUGCUGUGGCUGCUCUCGCCCGCAACCAAGGGUUCCUCGAUCCUGUACAGGAAGUUCGUGCAUCCCGCGUUAUGCAGACGAGAGCAGGAGAUCGAUGAAUACAUAGCCAAAGCCAAAGAUCAGGGCUACCACACUGUGCUUAAUCUGGGCACCAAAGGCGUCAACUAUGCUACCACCGUUAUUAUGCAAACAGCCAUUAAGGGCGGUGGAGGUUUAGUACAACAGUUGCGCAAGAGCUACAGUCUGUCGGACCUGACGGAGUGCGACCCGCGGGACGAGCACGGCUCAGAUGAAGCGGACGACGUGCUGGCAGAACCCAGGCUUAUCAGGCGUGCCAUUAAGAGUGCGUACGCAACACGUCGCAGUGCGUCAGAGACCAAUAACCGGCAGACAAUGUACUUCCCAGAGGUAGAUGUUGAUAUUCGGGGACCUAAGCCUCGAACCGAUGAACCAGAUUUCAGCCACAUAAAAUCAACAGACGACAUCAGUUCAGGCUACUCCAGCGCAGAUAACUCUACAUCAUUGACUCGCACCGCGUCAGUGGGCGCCUCUAGUCGCUCUCGGGCGAGGACUACACGCACUACGGUCACAACCAUCAAGCGACCCCACGCCGCAGAGGAUAAUGAAGUUAUCAUCGAGGAGCUUCAUGAGGACGAUACAUUUGAUAGUACUAUGCCACCUCUUGUUAACUUAAAUGAUCCCUUAUAUCUCUCCCACACUGUGCCUCCGUUUAUAUAUCAAUAUGUUGGAGAUCAAGUAAAAAUUAUUCAAGUUUUAGGUAAUUUCCCUACAAACUCUGAAGAGCACUCUUUUGCUUCAGUAAAAAGGGACCAAGAGCUAAUCUCCCAAAGAGAUCUUGUUGAAAAAGAUUUAACUGAGAUUGAAGAUAAUACACUAAUAGCAUCAAAAUAUAAAGAAGUUGAAGGUAAAAUAGAUAAUACCGAAAAAUGCAUUGAUUUGAUAGAUAACAAUGAAAAAGCUGAUGAUAUUCAAAUUUUUAAAGGCACUUACGAAGAUCUAAAUAGCCUAGAUUCAGAUAGAAAUACGAAGUAUGAACAUCCAAUAGAGAACACUAUAAAAGACCAAAUCGUUGAAACUGAAAGUGUUACAUCUUUGAGUGACAUAUAUUCAGCUGAGAGUGAUGAUGAAGCUUCAUUUGAUACACCUGAACCUACUCCAAAACCUAACAAAAAGUUUUCUAAAGGAAAAUAUGGUAAAAAUAAAGCUCCCCUUCCACCUAAGUUACCUGAAAGUGACUUAAAGCCAUCCUUGGAAAUACAAGUAAAUAGAAUAACCAUUGAUUUAGCUGACAAAAAUGAUACUUUGAAAGACCAUAUUAUUGAUAAAUUUAAUCAAAAUACAGAAAUAACUCAAAGAAGAUCUAAAUCAAAAUCCCCACUAAGAUUACCAUCACCUGGAAGUAACUCGGGUCUUGGUAUGUUGCUUCACUUUCCUAGUAAACUAGCGUUUUGGUCUAAGACAAAUGAACAAUCCAAAUCAAAUGUAUCCAUAAAUUCCAACACUGACAGCAGAAGAUCAUCUGGUAAAUUAAGUGAUACUUUUGAAAGCUGUUCUAAUAUUAUAGAUCAAUUGGGUGAAGAUAAUUCUCUCACAGCUCAGGAAAUAGUAAUAUCUCAAGAAAACAUUAUUAAAAAUAACAAUGAAGAUAAUGUACCAACUCCGCAAAGCAUUAUAGUUAAGAGUGUCGAACUUCAGAAGGCUAUAAACGCCAAAUUAGAGAGUCAUCCAGAGUAUAAAUUUGUUUCUUUACAUGGCGAUGUCGAAGAGGUCCCAACUUUUUCAAAAAGCACAGAUGUUUAAAGUAUCCCUUCGAAAAAGUAUCAGCACAAAAAACCAGCUGUGCCGUCGGCUUCUGCUACAAUACCCCGCGCAAAAAAAUCUAGUAAAAGGAAAACCCAGUAAUAAUUAGUAGCACUGAAAUUACAUACGCUUUUUACGUGUAUACAUAACGUAUAUCAAAGAGGUAUAAGUAGAGUAGACAUUCACAAAUUUUAUCAUAAGAUUUAUGAUCACAAGGGUUCAUUACUUAGAUUUUUUUCUAUAGGUACAACAUAAUUUAAAACAAUUAGGUACAAUUAUUUUAGCUAUCAAAUGUUUCAGUGUUAAUGAACAGUAGUGGUUGUUACUUAAAAUAUUAACAAAGUGUACUAGUAUAUUAUUCAAAUUACUAGAAAUCAUAAAAAUAUACUUAUAAAAAUAAACUCAUAAGGUCUAGUCGUUUAACAGUAUUACUAAACAUAGAAGAUUUCGAGAUAUUAUGUGCACUCAGUGGAAUGUCACACUAAUAAUUAAUAAUAUUAUUUACGAAUUUCAUUUGGUAGGUAAUCAAUUUGAUCAUGUUGUACUAUGUCCUCUAUGUCAUAUACAUUAUACUUUAAUCUCUUUGGUUAUACAGUAUACACAAAUACAAUAAUUGUAUUACAUUACACGUCACAACAGAAUGCACAAAAUAAAAGCUUAUUAUUGCGAAUUCGCUUGGGAAUUUGUGCAAUAUAAUAUAUUAUACAUAUUUAGAAAAAUGAAGUUACCAAUAUACAAGCAUACAAUGCAGUAUUAAUUUUUUAUGAGGAAAUAGUUCUCAAUAAAUCUCAAAUUAAUUGUUAAACUCAAUUAGAUGUUGAUUAGAAAACUUGGAAAUUUUUAAUUCUACUAAUAAUUGGUUAGUUAUGGUUUAGCCAAAAAAUGCCAAAUUUUAAAUAUAUUUACAUAGGACAUUAAAAUUUGUCAAUUCAUUUAGUUUAUUUCUGUAUCCACAUGAUAUUACUUUAUAGACAUUAAAAGCAUGAUUUCUGUUUUCCUUAUUUCUUGGAUUAUACCAAGUUUUGGCCAUGACAAUUAUUAUAAUGUUUUAGAUAUUAUUAUAAUAGUUAAAAAAUGUAUUAGUUGUAAUUUAUUUUAUUAGGCUUAAUUCUAUUACAAACAGUUUGGAACUGAAAAUAUGAAAAAUUUGUUAUAUGUAUAUGUGUCAAAUAAAACCAAUUUUUCAUCAAUUUUAAAAUGUAACUUGUGUGCCUCUGUGAAAAUACCACAAAAUAUAAUAAUAUGUUUUAUUUCUGAUAUAUCAAGUCAAUGAUAAGUUUGUCGGUAUUUUUUAGAACCUUGUAAACUUAGUCUUAUAUUUUAUGACAAUUGAUGGUCUAGUCCUGCCUAUGAUAUCUACUAACCAACUAAAGGAGGAUGGCGAGAAUGGACCCACAUAAUUUAAAAAUUAAGGAAGGAUCAUACAAGUAUAACUUUAUAUUAAUUAUAAACUUAAGGUUAUGCGAUGUUUAUACAAAAAUUGAGGCACUAAGAUGUGGGAGUCAAAAGAAAUAAAUUAUUAUAAUUUAUUAAAAAAUAUAUUGCGCAAUUGACAUUUGAAAUUUUUUUGACAUGAAAGUCUUUUUUAUAUGGAUUUUCCGACACCAUCAAACUGUCUAUAUCUACUCAAAUUAGUAAUUCAAAAUAAGAUUAUUAUUGUUUGUUGAUACUAAAUCAGUAGGUAAGUAUCUUCAAAAGAUUUGAUACCUGCUUGAAAAAAUUGUGAAUUGUAAAUCCUCAAUUAUUAGCUGCUGGCCAACCUUCCACAUAAAUAUUAUAUUAUCUUUUAGCAGACAGUAAUUUGGCAUAGACAUACAAUACAAAUAAUAAUAUUGAUUAAUUAUUUUAAGUUAUAUUUUUCUUUUAGGUAUAUCUUUUUCUUACUUUUUUACACUUACAAUUUGCUUUUUUCUUAGUUUUGUUACGUUCUACAAUUAUUAAUAAGUUUCCAUGAUGUAUGCCACUUCUUUCAGUGGGUCCCAAAUAUAUGCAUUCUGGCCAUCCUCCUUUGUAUAUUUAAUUAUACUUAUAGUUUUAAAUUUUGAAACUGUUCCUAAAUAUUGAUUAUUGACACAUACUUUUGUCUGUAACACACCAAUGACAUAGCCACAGACAGCAAGUGGUUGACAUUAGCAUAAUCAUGCCACAAUUAAGUUAUUUGGUCAUAAGUUUGCAUUAAAAAAAAUACUUGCAAAUAUGGAUUAUUUUUUAAUUACAGCUUGCCUUCUUUUUAAGUACAUGUACUCAAUAAUUUUAGGAAUGAUGUUCCUGUAUAUUAAUUAUUAUUAUUUAGGUUGAAAAUUUCUUUAGUUACAUAUUACUAAAGGAAACAAGAUAAGAGAUAAAUAGUUCCACUUAGAAGAUACACUCCAUAUUAAUGCUUUUGAAAUAUAAGAUAUCAAAUUAUAAUUAUCUUAAAUAAUAUUGAGGCUAUUUUCCUAAAGAGUAAAUAACUUCAACAUCAUAAUUUGUUUAUACCGUGCAUUGUCAAAAAAUAAAACAAUGAAUUUCCCCA